AGCAUAGCGAAUGAGCGGAUUAAUUGAUAUGUAUAAACUGAAUACUCUAACGCGCUAACGUCGCGAAGAUGUGCACGGACGUAUAAGCGACCGAAAACGCGGGAGCAACUUGCAUAUGAAGGAAUGAACGGAGCACACGUGAUUGACCGUUGCAACUUCACAUACCUAACAGUAGUACAUCCACCUCACUUCUGAGCGUCUCGGAGCGCAUACUCUCCCCCAUCAUGGCUGCGCCUAUCACAACCAUUUCCGAUGCCAAAGACCGCCAACAAGGCCUUAACCUCAUCGCGGCUCACUCCCACAUCCGUGGUCUCGGUGUCACCCCGGACACUCUCACUCCAAAGCCAACCGCCGAUGGCCUCGUCGGCCAACAGUCCGCGCGCAAAGCCGCCAGCAUCAUCCUCCAGAUGGUAAAAGAGGGCAAGAUUGCUGGCCGCGCCGUCCUCAUCUCAGGCCCGCCGAGCACAGGCAAGACUGCCAUCGCAAUAGGCAUGAGCAAAGGGUUGGGCGAGAAUGUACCUUUCACCAUGCUCGCCUCGAGCGAAAUCUUUAGUCUGGAGAUGAGCAAGACGGAGGCAUUGGAGCAGGCGUUCCGGAAAAGCAUUGGCGUGAGGAUACGAGAGGAGAGCGAGGUUAUUGAGGGCGAGGUGGUCGAGAUCCAGAUCGAUCGGUCCGUGACGGGGAACAACAAGAGCGGUAAGCUGACGCUCAAGACGACGGAUAUGGAGACGUUGUAUGACAUGGGCACGAGGAUGAUCGAUAGUAUGACGAAAGAGAAAGUCAUGGCAGGCGACAUCAUCAGCAUUGACAAGGCGAGUGGGCGGAUCACAAAAUUGGGACGCAGUUACACAAGGAGUAGAGACUACGACGCCAUGGGGCCGGAUACGAAGUUCGUGCAAUGUCCCGACGGUGAACUCCAAGUCCGACGUGAAACCGUGCAUACCGUCAGCCUACACGAAAUCGACGUGAUCAACAGCCGCACGCAAGGUUUCCUCGCCCUCUUCUCCGGCGACACGGGCGAGAUCCGUAGCGAGGUGCGGGAACAGAUCAACACCAAAGUCGCCGAGUGGCGGGAAGAGGGCAAAGCGGAGAUUGUGCCGGGCGUGCUCUUCAUCGACGAAGUGCACAUGCUGGAUAUCGAGUGCUUCUCCUUCAUCAACCGGGCGCUGGAAGAUGAGCUGGCGCCGAUUGUCAUCAUGGCGAGUAACCGCGGCUCAACGACUAUUAGAGGGACAAGCUAUCGGAGUCCGCACGGUUUGCCACUCGAUUUCCUGGACCGCGUGGUCAUCAUCUCCACGCAUCCGUACUCGCCCGACGAGAUCCGUGAGAUCCUGUCUAUCCGCGCGCAGGAAGAGGAGAUAGACAUCUCCCCCAAUGCUCUGGCGCUAUUGACGAAAUUCGGACAAGAAGCCGGGUUAAGGUAUGCGAGCAAUUUGAUCACCACGUCACAUUUGCUGGCGCAGAAGCGGCGGGCGAAGGAGGUGGAUCAGCAAGAUGUGCAGCGGAGUUACCAGCUGUUUUACGACCCUAAUCGGAGCGCGAGGUUCGUGUCGGAGUUUGAGAAGAGGUUUAUUGGGGAAGACGGGGGUGUUACAUUGGGUGGAGUUAAUGGGGUAGGGCAUGGAGAUGCUAUGGAAGUGUCAUAGGUCUUACUCUGAAGUGAAUGGGGUGGCCCUGUGUACCAACAAGCGAGGUGUCAGCGGCGCUAUAUCACCAGAUGGCUGCAAGAAUAGCCGCAUGUUGCGGGACGAGGGCUUGAUAUGGGUGACUGCGAGUCUCAGCCUUGCGCAUCUCCGCAAUGUGCUAGACUACCGCCACGCCAAGAUCAACCACCGCGAGCAAGCCUUCGACCCCAAUUAUACGAGCACUACCCUCCGCGCAAAUGAUCCGGUGCCAGGGCGCGGAUCACAAGAGUGCCUAAUCAGCGCCCGCAAGCAGUUCUCAACAGCCCUACUC